UGGUCAUGUGAUCAGCUGUGUCCAAUCACAGCUGAUCACGCGUAAACAGGGAAAUGCCGGUUAUCGGCAUUUUUCUCCUCUCAAGCUGUCACACUGACACGCCGCAGCGCCACCUGUCAGUGUCCAUCAGUGCCUUGUGUCAGUGCUCAUCAGUGCCACAUCAAUGCCACAUAUCAGUGCCUACCAGUGCACAUCAAUGCCACAUAUCAGUGCCCAUCCGAGCUGCCUUUCAGUGUCACCCAUUAGUACCAGUCAGUGCCACCUAUCAAUGCCAGUCAGUGCCACCUAUCAAUGCUGCC